AUGGCAACAUCACCAGCCACAUCGCCAAAGCCGAGCCCCCGGCCACGGCCCAAGCCAAAGGGUAUCUUGAAGAAAUCUUCCUCGUCAACCACAGCAUCACCAAUAGCUGCCCCCAUAGACUUUCCAUCAUCAUUUUCUCUAACAGCACCCACACCACCCGCACCACCGCAACCCGAACCCAGUCGCCUCGAGCUCCUCGCACAACAGGAGCAGGCCGCCCGAAUCCGCCUACUCGAGAAGCUCAAGGCGACUGAAAUCCGCCCUGCUGUCCCUCUAGCUACGUUUGAAAUCCUCUCCCAGUUCCCACGCAGCCACCCUCCCACACCACCACCACCAUCAACCUCAACCUCAAAUACAACAGCGACCACCCCCACCGCAACAACACCAGCAAAAACACCACCACCAAUAAAAUACACCGCCGCCAACCCCCACCCAAUCGACGUCUCCGACCUCCUCACCCACCUCUCCACCUUCCAACCCUCCGAGUACCUCGACCUAAUCGAAGAGCGCAACUGUCUCGACAAGUGCGGGUACGCGCUGUGCGCCCGCCCGCGCCGGACCCACGAUGCACCCUUCAAAAUCACCGCCGCGGGCGGCAUCGCGCGUGCCGAGGACCUCAACAAGUGGUGCUCUGACGCCUGUGCCAAGCGCGGGUUGUACCUGAAGGUGCAGUUGGAUAAUCCGAGUUAUGUGCGCGGGCCGGAUGGGGGGAUGGUGGUCAAGUUGGAGUUGAGGAAGGAGGGUGGUUCUGGGGCUGGGGCUGGUUCUACGGGAGGUGAAAAGAAGGUCACUAGCGGUGCUGCGACUGCUGUCUCUCCCCGAGGCACAGAAACAGACAGGAACCAACUCGCGCAGGCCAUGGCCCAGCUCGAGAUUGACAAACACAAGCGCCCUCCCAACAAGAAGACGUUACAAAAGGACCGCAAGGAUGCAUCCGCCCUCGCGGGUGAGAGGGGCGAUUCCGCCGGCGGCCGGCUGACGGAUUUCAGUCGGGUCGAGGUCACCAUCAAGGAGAGUGAUGUUGAUGGCCCCGCCGAGGCUCCUUCUGCGCCGUCUGAGGAUGCACAGGGUUUGAUUGAGGGGUAUAAGCCCAAGUUUGGGACGGUGGGUGAUGGGAGGAACGCGGAGGAGGGCGCUGAGAGCGAUGAUGAUGAUGAGUUCUUCUCCGUCCGGUUUUGA